AUGACUCCCCCAUUCGAAAAAUCUCAGACUGCUGUUUUACCAGCCAGCAACACUUCUUCUGGUCGCUUGAUCCCGACGUCAACCACCACCGAGAGUUCCAAGAGCCUUGCUGCUGAGCUGUCUCCAACUGUGAUCGAUCGAGCAUUGACGCUGAUCUACGACAACCAGCAGCUGGCGGAAGUCUUCUUCCCCGAUUCGAGGAAGCGCCAUGAUCUCCCGGAAUCUGCAAGUCUCAAGCUGAGUCAGCAGCUGUACAUUGCAGUGUAUAGGUCUGGAGGCAGCAUCCGAGACAACGAGGCUCUGUGGCACGCCAUCAGGCAUGGUUAUCUGCAGUCAAGCGAGGGGAAGUACCGGGCGACGGCCAAGUGGACGUUGCAGUUGCGUAAUCCACUUACUGAGUGUAUCCAGCAAUUGCGCCUUGAGAUGCAACGUCAUAUUAACGCCUACAAAACAACCCCCUACCCUUCGCUCGUGACUGCAGGGAUUCCGUUCAGCCAUCAAUGGACAGGGUGCGGAGACACUUGUCCCCCUGAUCGCUCUCUUCAUGGAUGUCGGUGCCCGUACACCAUGACACUGAUUGCUCUCUGCCAAGGGCGGAUUUCUAAAAAGGCGACAGCAAAGUCAUCCAACCUCUUGCAUUUGUCUCUUUCCCAGAAGUCGCUGUUGUCUUCGACCUCCACAACUUCAUCUUCGGCCAUAUCGAAAUCGUCAAUCAAGCCAUCUUCACCCUCCUCUUCCCAACCUUCUUUUUCCCGCCCACCGUCCUCCUCCGUGGCGAUUGAGCGACCGCCUGGGCCUCACCUCCCUUCUCCCGAGACCUAUGCUCACUCUCGAAGGGGCUACAAGCCUAGGAAAAUGAAAAGGAAGAGGGAGUCAUCACCCCGGUCGCCUUUGCUGUCCUCGGCCGAUCCUUCUACUUCCCUGUCCUUUUCCAACGCCUCCAUCAAGACUCGGAAGAUUGUAGCACAAUCUGCACAUGUGCAGACUGCUGGUCUUCCUCCCAAAAUCGAUCAUAGCUCCGAAGCUGCCGACGGGCAACUGAAGAAGAAGAGGAAGAGGUCAUCACCCCCAUCAACGUCGUCUUUGUCUUCCCCUUCCGCUUUGUCGCCAUCACUGCCCUCUCCCAACGUCGCCGGCAUACUUGUGGAGGAAGGGGCGGAAUCUUCUUUGGUGGUUCGACCAUCCUGGGGACCGUCUUCAUCCGCUUCUUCGCACCCAACCACUCUGCCUGCUCCCAACGCCGCGACCCUGCCUCUCUCUCGAGCAGCCGGCCAGCCGAAGAAGGCCAGGAAGAGGAAGAAUCGCUCGAGAGACGACGACAACGUGCCCCCUCCCUCCAAGCUUCCCCGGCUUUCCGCCCCUUCCUCGGUUAUAAAGCCGUCCUUUUUGCCCAAUGUGGAUGCCAAUCCUAUCGGAGUCAGAGCUGAAGCUGCGAAGUCUGGUUCUAAGACGAAGACGGAGAGGAAGCCUCGCCAAAAGAAGAGGGAUAGGGAGAGGAAGCAAAGGCUAGCCGAAUUGGGGGGCAACGGGGAAGCGACAAGCGGAGGAAAGGAAGAAGUUUGCGGCAUCGAUAGCGGAAUUGGGCUGCCAGGCCUCUCAGCAAUGAGCUUGACUGAGGUUGGAGAAAGUAUACGUCAGCCAGUGAUCGCAGUCGCCAAUUCUUCCACCUCUCGUCCAACCAUCAGCUCCUCUUCAUCAUCACUCCCAUCGGGGAACGCGUCAUUGGGAACUGCCUUCCUUCUCGAUCCCCAUUUGUCACAGCCAGCACCAUUAGCCUCCCAGCUCCCACUUUGCGCUGGCGUCAAUCCUCCAUCCGACAUGACCCAUCUCACCGAAACCUCUUUGCUAUCCCCUACCGUGCCCACAAAACAGGCAACUGAAAUCUCGGCUGCUAGUGAGCGUUCCUCACUUGGGGAAGAGCAGGCUGAGGGGUGCGUCGAGCAGCGCGCUGAGGUUGAGCAAGAAGAGAUUCUGCUCGUUGGGAUCGUCGAGAACGAACAGCUCGAGGAGACCACAUCAGUCUGUGUAGCCGGACAUUCUGGAGCUUCCCCUCGCAACACAGCAACUGCCCAAGCCCGUCAAGAGAUGGAUCUUGGACCUGGCAUUGUUGGAGGAAGCUCCUCUCGUUGGGAGAUGUACUUGCCCUUUGUCAACUCUCGUUCUUCCGCCAGAGACACCACAGGCUCGCACAUCCCUCCCUACAUUGGCCAAUCCACCGAUCACUCCUCUGGGACCGAUGGUACAGCCGUUCCCAAUCCUCCCAUCACUCGUCCGCCUGUCGCUGCUUCGGGUGUCGAUUACGUCCCCCAGGAAGCUCCUCUUGAAGCGCCUUUACGAGUGGUAGAGCGAUCUUCAAACUCCCCGCCAACGUCUCCUGUCCUCGGGCAGCCGGACGAUCGUGGGACUGCCUACGGAGCUUUCUCAUAUGAGGCGCAGAAUUUUGAGCCUGAAAGCACUCUUUUCUCUGGGGUUGUCAAGAGUGAGCCGAUCGAGGAGAUUACUCCAGCCUGGGAGCUCGAACUUUCUCGAGCCGUUUUUCUCCAUGCGCCACUUUCCUCAUCUGAGGCUCCGCAGAGACUGGCUUCGGGGACUCAGCGAUCGAGAAGAGGUGCCAAUGAGGCAUUGGGUGUUAUUGGUGAUGGCACCAUCCAAUGGGAGAUCUAUCCGCCUGUCCUCUCGUCACCCCCAUCCUCUCGCCCCCGACCGACUCGUCGCCAAAAGCACCCUCGUCCCCCCGCCAAGAGACGGCAUCCAGUCCCCACUUCCUCUCUCCGCCGCUCCCCUCGGGCCCAGAUUGACCGACCUUCGCGUUCUAGCCGAUCUCGCCGCUCCCAACCUACACAAGACGAAGCUCUUUCUCACUCGUUGCGCCGCCCGUGCCCUCCCUCCCCAGUUAUCGUCGAAGGCGAAGAACACUACGAGGUGGAGCGUAUUGUCGACAGUCGGCGCCAGAGGCGGGAUGAAGUUGAGUACAAGGUUGAAUGGUCAGGCUACGAAGGGGCCGAUCAAUACAGUUGGCUACCCUUCGGUGAGGUGAAGCACCUGGAAGAAGCCCUGCACGCUUUCUUUGCCGCCAAUCCCCAUAAACCUGGGGCACCAGCAGAACCAGUCAUCCUAGCCGAGCGCGCGCGUCGUGAAGAACGUUGUGAGGCGGCUACAGUUCUCGGAGAGAGGAGUGGUGGUUUGGUAGAGGGAGAAGGAAAGGACAGAGAGUGCUGGGAUGAUGAGGAGGAAGUGGAAGAAGGCGAGGACGGCAGGCAGGAGGCGCUGGAGACGGGGGGGCAGACUUGCUGGGAAGUGAUGGUCAGAGAUGAGACAGUCGGACAAUCUGGUGGGGUUGACCAAGGUGGCCCAGCUCUGGCAGGACAGGGCCACGAGGGGAGGGUGGCGUCGUCUGGAAGAAGGUUUUCAUGGCUUGUGGGAUUUUUGGGAUUUUUGGGCUUUUAA